UUCACUAACGCGGAGUCGCCGCGCGUCGCCCGACCGUUGCAAAUAUUCGCCAGCCGCCGGCUUUUCGCACAGCGCGAUUUGAGCACAUCUACAACCCGCUUAGCAACUAAUUAAGCACAAGUGAUGAAUGGUGUCGGACUGAAGUGCAACGAUUUAGUGCGGGACAAUAAUUUAGUGCUUAUCAGAAAACUUUAGAGCAACGGAACAAACGACAAUAAACCAUAACAAAUUAAAGUAAGAUCGUAAUUGAAAUGCGAAUGCGCGUAAAUUCUUACAAUAGCAAACGGCUACUUACAUUUUAUUAAAGGCCAGUCAUUAAGUUCUGAAAUGAGUUUCAAUAACAACAAUUUUGGGGCGUGACUACAAUGUCAUUCGAAAACAAAAGCUGUCGUAGUUUGAAUUUGGAAAGUGUUGCGAAUAAUAAAGAUGGACUUGACGACACGUCGCGUGGAAUUGGAAGGGACAGUACCAGAACAAGUUAUUCCCAUGAAUGGGGAGUGCAGGGAUUUAGUGAACGGAGCGGAGGGAGCGUGUGACGCUACGGGAACAACCGGGGAGGUGGCCCCGGUGAAAAAGACCAGCUCGUUUAGCAUCAGGAACUUAAUGGGUGGAGAGGACGAACGAGAACCAACUACCGACGGCAUCGCGAAGGUGAAUCAUGAUGAUUAUUACCUCCAAGAUCACUAUCAUCAGAAAUACAACAACACAAUGGGUGUAUCAGAGGCACCAAAAGACGAUUCUCCCCGAACGACUCCCGAUCUGACCCAAGCGGAUCAGUCACCGCCUGAUCGACCUCCAGGGUCAGCAGACAGCGAUGAUGCUGAUGACUUUGCUCCUAAACGCAAACAAAGACGGUACAGGACUACGUUUACGAGUUUCCAACUUGAAGAAUUGGAGAAGGCUUUCUCGAGAACGCAUUAUCCUGAUGUUUUUACCAGGGAGGAACUCGCAAUGAAAAUUGGCCUUACUGAAGCAAGGAUACAGGUAUGGUUCCAAAACCGACGAGCUAAAUGGAGGAAACAAGAAAAGGUGGGACCACAAGGACACCCGUACAACCCAUACCUGACUGCAAGUGGGGGAGCCCCCCCUCCGAGCGUGGUGGCGUCCAUGCCGAAUCCAUUUACUCAACUCGGUUUUGGUUUUAGAAAGCCUUUUGAUACAAAUGCGCUGGCGUCCUUUAGGUGA